AUUCCUUUCGCUUCACUUUUCCACUGCUACCCCUCUUCUCCUCUCGCCCCCCGCACACCAUUGCACCAUGACUCGUACUUCGCCCAAAUCGCACCAAGAGGAGAAGCCCUCCUCCCCCGAUCAUACACAAUCGACAAGCAGUGAAGACACCCCGGAGAGUUCACCCGAGACUAACAAUGCGUCACAGCAUUCGGACCCCAGCGUUGCAUUCAGUCAAUUCGUCGGAGUACACACAUACGACGCCACUCAGCAACCGGAUCGCUUGGAGGCAGCAACCAUGAUCCCUCUAGCUGCCUCUCCGACCCCUACACCCAUCUUCGCGCCUCUGCUGCUUACUCGACCACUGAACCUCUCAACCACCGCAACGUUCGAGGAUGACGAAGCCGAUCCAGAGAUGCUCGAGCUUGGAGACACGCCGUCAAGCACCGCUGCUGUUCUUGCAAACACGAUCACCACUGUCGACGUCGCUACCGCCACGGUUGACAUGGGAGAGUCCUAUUCGAGUCACGAAGCUGCGAAUCGAAAAAGGCGACGGGACUUAGUGACAGAUUUGGGGAUACAGUUGCUGGAGGCACAGGAACGAAUGGCGGCCAUACCCCUGAAUACGCCUGAGUCCAAGAUGGCGUUCCGUGUUGUUUGCGUACUGGGGAACGAGCUCGAGGAUGCACGACGUCAACGGGAACAUGACGCCCAUAACGAGGCAUACGCUCAAUAUCUGGAGACCCGACCCGUAAGAACACUUCAUCGCAAGCGCCGAUGAGGACGAGAUAGAUCCAACCGCGGCCAAUUCGGGGAUCUGGUACUCGCUUGGCUAGCUGUAUGGUCGACGAUGCGACCCGUAAGAGCCACUGCGAUCGGUGUGGUGUGGUAAACCCACACGGAGUAUAGACGGGGUAUCCAGGUACAAGGGACGGACACAACACCUGAUAUGACACGAUGGGAGGAAUAGGUACAGGACACUCAUACGGUCAUACCAGGCACGUGCUGCACGUGCAGUUACAGGAUGUGCAAGUAGAAGGACAUGCAAUUAGACAAGAGUCAAUAGGGUUUGCAUGCAUUUAUAGAAAUUUUCUUUGGUCAAUAAAUAUCACAGAACGACAGGACCAAAUGGUUCCUGGUCUGUUUCCUCACU